AUAAACAACACAGAGUUGCCUUGCCGUCACCAAGGGUUUAAUUACUGGCAAGGCAACCAAAGAGACACCUCAUGAGGGACCAGGCUCAGACGGAGAAGAGGAGAGAAACCAGGUGAGGCGGAACAAAAAACACGGGCUCAGGCUCGCAGCUUUGGAAUAUCAAAGCUUUGGCUUGAAGACGCAGAGGCGAUCUGUCUCAGCAUGAUAACAUUUAUGGAUGUGUGUGAGAGGGAAAGUACCGAUCCCAGGAGGAGGAACUAAAGAGAGCUCUGAUCAAAAGGCUCUGCUGCAGAUUUUCCCAGCUUUUGGAGAAGAUUCAUCCGAAUCUUUCCUCAGAGUUCAGAGUUCAUCCGUCCUCCAGGCAUGCCGGAGGAUGUUGUUCCAGGGUCCCAGCAGGGGGAACCAGUUAGUGCAGCUCCUUGCUCCAGCACCAGCCCCGGGGAGGCUGUGGAUUUAGAGUGUCCCAUUUGCUACCAAGAGUACAACCAGUACAACAAAAGCCCCCGGAUGUUGGAGUGCCUCCAUGUCUUCUGCACAGAGUGCCUGCAGAGGAUCCAGCUCAACCCCUGUGACCCCGCUGACCGCCGCGGCGGCCCACAAGCCAUUCCCUGUCCCCUCUGCCGCCAUUUAACCCCUCUGCGCACUGGGAACGCCCUCGCUUUACCCUGCAACUCCCAAAUCAUGUCCAGGCUCCCCCGUGUGACGGCCUUCCGGAUGCCGGCGACGGUUUCCACACGCGUGGCGACGGUCACCCAGAGAGUGGUGCUCUCUCUGGAGGGCCCCAACAGCAGCAGCGGAGGCGGCAGAGACAGCCGCUUCAUCAUCCUGCCCACCGUCAGCCUGCAGGUGCAGCAGAUGCACCCGGACAGGCUGUACGGCGCGGCCACGGACAUGGUGGGCGAGGAGGGGGUCAGACAGCAGAGCAGGAGGACGCUGCUGUGCGUGCAGCUGCUGGCCGUCAUAUUCUGGGUGCUCUUUGUGAUCACCUGCGUGGUCGGUGUGGUUUUUGGACCACACUUGUUCAACAGAAAAUUCUGA